GGCAACUCGGCUCAGGUAUUCUGUUGCGAUCAUUCAUUCUCAUUAGUUGGCGAACAAAAACCGUUUCCUUAAGAAAUCAAUUAGAGUCAAACAUUCUUUUCGGAAAUUCUAAAAGUGAAGUGUGCCAUUUUGUGCUCAUCCAGUGUUAUAUUUUUGCUGUUCUCAUUUUUUUAAAUUAAAUUAUCCAAAUUAAAUCCAAAAUGCCAGGCCGUCCAAUUUGGCAAGUUGCUGGAAAACGUAUACCAGAAGAAGAAUUGCAAGCUCAACAAUGGAUUGAAUCAAUAAUUGGCGAAAGAUUCCCGAACGUUCCAUACGAGUAUGCAUUGCGCGAUGGUAUUAUUUUGUGUAAAUUGAUGAAUCGAUUGGCUCCAGGAAUCAUUCAAAAAAUUAACACAAGCGGCGGAGACUACAAAUUAAUGGACAACAUUAAUCAAUUUCAAAGAGCGUGCACAUUGUAUGGACUCGAUGACGUAGAUUUGUUCCAAACCACCGAUUUGUGGGAUUUCAAAAACAUUGCUCUUGUCACUCAAACCAUCUUUGCCAUCGGACGCUGUACCUACAAGCAUCCAGAAUAUAGAGGUCCUCAUUUGGGUCCAAAACCAAGCGAAGAAAAUCGUCGAGAAUUCACCGAAGAUCAAUUGCGUGCAUCAGAAGCGAUCAUUGGCCUGCAAGCCGGAACAAACAGAGGUGCCAAUCAAUCUGGCCAAAGUUUCGGUAAAGCACGCAAAAUCAUUAUCGGCAAAUAAUAAUCUACGAUCGACAAUUUACCGAUUUCAAUUCGUUUUUUUUUUUUUUGCUCCUAUUCGUUUUGUUUUCAUUAUUCAUGACAAUUUUCAUUUAGCCAAAUUGUACAAUAGAAUAAUCUCUCUAUCUCUAAGCAUUUGAGUUUUAGACUUACCACACGAACCACAAAUUUAAAUAAAUCAAAAUAAUUGAGCAGCAUGCACAAUAAAACACCACCCAUGAA